UAGCCUUGACCAGCCAGAGGAGGCGGAGGAGGAGAAGCCGAAGACGAAGGACGGUGGUGGAAGAGGAGGUGGUUCAUCAUCCUGCUCUGAUCUGAUCUGUGAACUGGUUUGACUUGUCAUGCGCUCUCUCGGGAAUACUGUGUGCUCCGGCCCCAGAAAGUAGCUUGCAGUCAACUUUAAAAAAAAAAAAAAAAAAAAAGAUAAGAGGCUAAAAGACCAGAAGGACUGUCAUCGCGAUAGGAGAAGCUACCCGGGAUGGGCGAACCGGCGGACUCUACGUUUAAAACCACUGGAUCCAAGUGGCUGCUGCCUGUCAGCGAAUACUUUAGCUUCCCUCUUGAUCAGGUGAAUUUUCUGGCGUGCCAGCUCUUUGCCUUGGCUGCUGCCUUCUGGUUUCGUCUGUACCUCGGCCCUGGCCAUGCCAACCCCCUGGUCAGGCACGCUGUCGCCACUCUCCUGGGCAUUUCCUUCCUCAUCUUCUGCUUUGGAUGGUAUGCGGUUCAUAUCCUGACCGUGGUGGCUGUGAACUACCUGAUCAUCAUCAAAGCCGACAUCGACAAUGUACACAGGUAUACCAUGGUGAUAGCUAUGGGCUAUCUGACGGCGUGCCAAGUGAGCCGUGUCUUCAUCUUCAACUAUGGAAUUCUUUCCACCGACUUCUCUGGGCCUUUGAUGAUAGUCACCCAGAAGAUCACCACACUGGCUUUCCAGCUCCACGACGGUAUGUGUAAGAAAGCUGAGCACCUGACAUCGGAGCAGAAGCUAGUGGCUAUAAAUGUGAGGCCGUCUCUCAUCGAGUACCUGAGUUACAACCUGAACUUCCUGAGUGUGUUGGUGGGGCCGUGCAAUAACUUUCAAGACUACAUAGACUUCAUAGAAGGAAGACACAUCAGCAGGAGGCUCAGGCAGCACGCUGGGACAUGUAACGGGCAGAAUGGCUACGAUAAAUCACCGGACCCAUCGCCAUUGAAUGCUGUCUGUCGAAAGCUGGUGGUCUGCAGCGGCUGUAUGCUGUUCUUCCUCACAGUGACACGGUCCCUGCCGAUAAAGUACAACGUUGACCAGGACUUCGUCAGCCGUGCCCCCUUCCUCACCAGACUCACUUAUGCUUUCUUCUCCAUACAAGCUGCCAGGCCCAAAUUCUAUUUUGCCUGGACACUUGCUGACGCAAUCAACAACGCUGCAGGUUAUGGUUUCCUGGGGAUAGAUAAGAACGGAAAGCCGUCCUGGGACCUCAACUGCAACAUCAACAUUAUCGGGAUUGAGACAGCAACAAGCUUCAAGACCUUCAUAGACAACUGGAAUAUUCAAACAGGAACUUGGCUGAAAACGGUGUGUUAUGAGCGAGCCCCAAAGCACAGGCUGCCGUUGACCUUUAUUCUGUCUGCCUUGUGGCACGGUGUUUAUCCAGGCUACUAUUUCACUUUCAUCACCGCCAUCCCAAUCACCAUGGCAGCACGAGCUGUACGAAAGUCUGUCCGCCACUUCUUCCUGGGCUCCAUAGCCCUGAAACUGGGCUACGACAUCUUAACGUGGGCUGCCACCCAGCUCGCCAUCUGCUACACUGUCAUGCCCUUUCUACUUCUUUCAGUAGACGAAACUAUGGUUUAUUACAGGUCUAUGUUCUUCUAUGUGCACAUCAUCAGCAUUCUGGCUGCAAUCGGCUUUCAUUGGAAACACAAACCCAGGAAACCCUCUGCCACCACCAAAACUUUUUCAGCCUUCUCCUCCACCUCCUGCGCAGCUUCGUGCUCUGCCCAGUGCCAGCCUGUUCACUCCAACAACAACGACAAAAUAGACUGAAAAUCCCCCUCUUCGUGUGCUUUUACCAGGCUCUCAGUACUUGUUACUCUCUCAAAGACAAGUGUCGCCACAGGGCGUUCGGCCAACUUAAAAUGGGAAAAUGUUUUACUAUUUAUUUUUUUUGUGAACUGAUGGGGGGGAUGAAAACUUUGAUGGUACAGUACAACAAGAAGAGAGCCGUUUGCCAGGUUGGGAGAUCAAGACAAUAAAUUAAACAUCAGCUCAGCGAAGACACUGUCAAAAGACACAGAAGCUGAGGAAAUGUCUCUGGUACCACUACCAUCUGAAUGCUGGGCUCCCUCCACUUUCCCCUCCAACUGCACCCCCAUCCUCGCAAUUUUCGCCCCCACCCCCCGUGCUCAUCUCAGCACCAGUCCUGCCCGCUCCGACAACAAUGCUGCAGUGUGAAGAGAUAGAUGUGGCUCACUUUCUUUCCUCUCCUCCAUCUGCACUGCCCUGCUCACUGCUGGGACCUUAGUCAGCACAGUGGGGGAGAGCAGCAGAGAAACGGGUCACAAAUACCGGGACGCAUACAAACCCGUGCAUAAACAUGCACCAGGAAACAAAUAUGCACAUACUCUCUCUCAGACAUGCUCGCUCGGUCACACGCUGACGGAACACAAAGGUCGUCUUUGUGAGUCCACAAAAGUGUGUGCCAGUGGAUGAUGGUGAUGUGCGUUUGUGUGUGUGAUAAUUUGCUCACUGUUACAUCCCACCAUUGUCUAUCAGUGACCCCGUGUAUGUGGACUUUGCCAUGAAAGACUGUCAGUAUUUCUUCCACCAUUAACUGCCUUAUGAAAACCUCAUGAAACACUCAUUAGGCCAGUCGAACCAUUACUGUUAUUAUUAUUCAUUGCUAUUAUAGGUUUUUAGGCAAGAUGGCAGCUCCUACAGGUGAGGAGGCUUGAUCAUUUUCUAGGACUUUAUUUCUAUGACUAAUCCUGGGAUCCCUCUGUAUCCGUGUAAACCUAAGGAAAUAGUUUUUGAUGUUUUAUGACUUACCACGUGCACGGUGCUGGAUACCUGCCAUUGUGAUACAGAGUAACUGAACAAAAAAGCUGUGGUGAAACUGACCGGAAAUACUUAUGAAGUUUCACACAGCAAAGACUGGAAAAUAUGACACAGAAAGAAUUUUGAAGUCAAACGUAUUUUGGUCUCAGCGGGAGCACGGUGGUGCCUUGUUUGUUCUGUGGUUCAUUGUAGGACUGAGAGGUUGUUUUAACAGAGACAUCUGGUGGCCAUUUGUGCGGUCUGCGCUGAAAUUGCAGAGUUUUCAGCAACUCCCAACGAAACUUUGCGUCAACCAUGAGCAGCAUUUUCUAGCUUUUACUUUUGCACAGUUAAAUUAGAAGUUGAUGUUUUGAUCACAGCAAAUGCAAAAACACACAUUAAACCUUUUAGAAUAUUAAUUAUUCCAAAUUUCUUUGUCCACGAAUUUAGCACUAAUGAUUUGUUUUGGUAGCACUGGGAGUUUUAAUAAUGGCACCAUGGUUUGGAUAUUAAUGGUGCAAUCUGCAAGCUUAGAAAGUGAUAAAUUAACAUAUUGUCAGUUUGCUCGUUGGAACAAUUCUUUCUGAUACAAGUUGUAGUAAUCUUUCCACCAUUUAAUAUAUUUAUUGAUUAUGUUUAAAUUCACAAUAGUACCUCUAAUGGAGUGAUUGAUGUCUAAGUAUUUGAUCUGAGUUCAUGGUAACAUGACAGAAACUGGCUGAAUGCUCUUUCCAAGAAUGUCUUUUCUAAAACGUAGGAAUGGAUUUGUGAAACAAAACCCUCCCUGAUUGAAAUGUCACUGGUCGUACCCUGUUUCACUUUGUGUUGGCGAUGUGUUCUUUAGACCAGGAAACGGCACGUAUAUGCAGUAUGAAUGUGUGGUCAGAAUGAGCAGCUAUUUGAAUGAGCUAAUACUGAUAAUGAAGAUAUUUUUCUAUGUGUUUUGCUAAUGUACGUGUUGACUUAAUGAACUGACUGUGUGAAUGGGUUUGUACCCGAGGGAUAUCAUCCAUUGAUCCAUUUUAGUAUUGUGUGUGUGUGUGUGUGUGUGUGUGUGUAUGUGUGGAUGAAAGAGUGAGUGGCGUGUGUGUGUGUGUGUAUAUAUAGUUACAAAUAAAAGUAAAACCAAUAUGUCAGAUGUACUUUUGCAAAAGCUUGUUCAUUUUUUAUAGUUUAUAAUUAAUAAUAAAGACUAAUUGUACAUCAUUA